GUUGUUUAUGUCGUAAACAAAGCUAGUAAGACGAACGUAAAUAGCGUAAUUUGACGUUUUGAGACUGCCGUGCAAUGGCUACAGGCACUGUUCUUUUCUUAAGAAAAGAUUCUAAAAUGAUGAGUUACAUAUUUUGUUUACAUGUGCCAUCCUGAAUUAGUGGGAAAUGUUCAUUUUAAAUAUGCCUCAAUGGGCUGUUAAGUUUCAACACCCCCAAAAAACUGGAGGAACAAGCAUUUUACUUAUGGGAAGUGACACCGAAGAAAGCAGUUCAGCAACAGAUAAUAACUCGUGGGAUGAUCGAGCACUGGUUGACGCAUUUGAAGAAGCUUCACUUGCAGCAAAAUACAGAAUAGCUGCUCGUAUGAUUGCACGUGGAGAACAACCUCUUGAAAAUGGCUUAGAUUUACCAGAACAACUUGAAAGUGGUGUUGGGCAAACUGUGGCAAGCAAAAAGUCAAAGAAAGGCAACAAAAGAAAGUGGGAAGUUGGAGCACCCUGUAGAGCAAUUUUCUCGGAGGAUGGGUGUGAAUACGAAGCCAUUAUACAAUCUGUAGACCAGAAGAAAGGAAAAUGUGUUGUGAAGUACAUAGGCUACGAUAAUGAAGAAGUAGUUCCAGUGGCAGCUUUACAGCCAUCACAAGGUUCCAUUGCAAGGCAGUACCAAAUACAGCAAGCACUGGAAAAUGUAGAGUCGGAUAAUAUUAUUGGAAGUGAUGAAGAUGGAGAACAUCAUAUUGAUUCAUUUGAAGAUGCGUCAUCAAAUGGGGCCUCCUGGAUUGGACAGUCUGAAUUUUACAACAGCAGGCAAGGACCAUUUCUGCAUCCUCAGAACCCAAUGAGUGUGCCAAUACCACCACCACCACCUCCGCAUAUAACAUCACGAUUCCCAGAAGAAGAUUCUGAAGCCCUAUCUGCAAUGCUGUUGUCCUGGUAUAUGAGUGGUUUUCAUACAGGAUACUAUCAAGGCCUGAGAGACGCUAAGAAGGGUAGACAUAAGCUAAGCCACCUUCGGAUGCAUUCAAGGAAGAAAUGAAACAAAGGGACUUAUAUUUUUAUACCAUAAGGAGCCAUGGACAUACAGAAAUUACUGUUUUGAACAAUCUUUUGCAAUGUUCUGCCAGAACUCAUCUGAAGAGAUACAUAUACUUUUUUACAUUAAUUGUAAAGGACCUCAAUUUGUAACAUGACUUCCUUCAGAGAUUACAUCUUUCCAUUUUUGUAUGACACUGUGAUAUUGUAAAAGAACUGUUUAUCAUUUCUCACUUUAAACUGGAAUGUGAUAAUAAAAUGUUG